AUGAACGCGACACAGAAAUCAAUCCACAAACCAUCAACAAAAACACUCUCACAUCUACUAUACCAAAUCCCCAUCCACCCAAUGUCGUCCACAAACAACGACUACUUUAAUAAACAAAGAGAUCUACUAAUUCAAGAGAUAACAAACAACUUGACCGAAGUUUACACCAACUUGGAAACUUUGAAUCGAUCAUUGAGCGAAAGUAUACAAAUUGGCAAAGAAUUUGAUGAUGUUGGUAGAUUGUGGCGUACUUUCUAUGAUGGAAUGAACAAAUUGAAAGAGGAAACUAGUAUUGCGGGUAACGCAAGUCAGGAUGAAGAACAAAGAGAUGUGAGACGGGCUGAGCCACGAUCUGAGUAA